AUGAACGUUGACAGAUCCAAUGUGAAUUCAAGUACUAAUGGUUCAAAGUAUUUUGGAUUUGGAUCGCAAAUCUUAUCAGCAGCAAAAGAUGUUGAGCCUAUGCUUCUUUCGCUUUAUUUAUUUGGAGGGAUCACAAUCAUACUUACAAUUUUGGCGGGCUUACUUUUUUUCAUCAGAGAAUAUGCCUACAAUUUCAAAAGUCGCAAAAGUCGGCAAAGCGUAAUUGAAAACAACCUUGAUUACCAUUGGAAUAGAACUGCAAACAAUAGGGAAGUAUUGACAAGCCAAAAGUCUGACAUUUGGAAGGAGCUAGAUCACCAUGGCCUGUAUUGGUCAAGCAAAAUAGUUUCGCUGGCGCCAAUGGUUAGUGAUGGCACAUUCUCACAAUCACCAUCAUUAAAAUCACCUUCUGGUCGCAUUUGUGAGAAAUCGGAUAGCUCAUUUGAGGAACAUUUGUUUUUAAGUGCCAUGCCUGAACAAAAAAAUUAUACGCAAAUUCCCAUUCAACGAGAGAUAUCCAUGAGGCAUCAAUUAUUACCACCACCAGCUCCUUUAGAUGUGGUUUCAGCCAGAGAAGCUUUCAGUGUGGGUAACCGCUUUUUCUUUUACACUGGAGUUCAUGGAGACUUUAACUCCAGUGGAAAAAUAGUGUAUGGAACGGAUGAUUUAAUGAAGUUGUGUCCUAAGAAUGUGGAAUUUCCAGUUACACCAAGAUUGGAAGUUGAUGAUUUUGCAUUCAAUAGAAAAAAUCAUUUUGAUAUUGAAAAAUGGGUUGCAAACCCAUUAUUCCUGGUGAAUAUGGAAAGAUAUAAUUCGGUGUGGAAAGUUGAUAGGGCAAUUAGAGAACUUUCUUUAUUUUUGACCAAUAAUAAGACUUCUCCGAUUGUUUCUGGUGACUCUGUAACUAAAAAGAUUUUAAUUGUCAAAUUGUUAGUGUUUGGUGCUAAUGACAAGAAUUUCUCCAAUCCAAACAUUUAUUUGGCAGAAUUUAAUAACUUGAUGGAAAGGAUUAUUAGUACCGGCACCAUAUUUAAUUUGCUACAGGAUGCAAAUGAUAUGAUUUGCGGGGCUUUGGUUGAUUUUGUUUUGAGAUACAUCUGGUGUCAUUUACGAUACAUGAGUCGUGAUCAUAAAGCAAUUGAUCGUCAAUUCGAAACCUGGAAACUUGGUUCUCCGUAUAUCCAGCGUCAUCAUGUUUUGUUUAGAUAUUUGUGUGCUACCCAACUAGGAAUUUAUACGGUUGGAAAUUUGAAUUUGCAAAGGUUAAAGGAUACGGAGAAUAAGCUCUCGACAAUGAUGAAUUUCAUGGCAGUUGAUUCGUCGUGUAAUGAUUACCUUGGUUUCAUUCCAGUGAUUUCUCAAGCAGUGGAAUUUGUCGAUCGAGUAGCAAGUCAGCGGAUGUUCUAUGAUUUGAUAUUAGUGAUUAUUGAGAAGCAUAAAGAUUGUUGUAUGAAUGAUUAUUUGAUUGAAGACGAGGAUAAUUUGAAGCCAUUAAUUCAACAUGGUUUUUGGGUUAAGAAUGAUGCCCAAGUUCGUGAAAUUGCGCAAGAGAUACAUUUAAUGGUGGUUGAGAAAUAUCCACAAACUAUGAGUUGGUGGAAAGAUAUUGAAGGGGGGAGAAGAUAUAUUGGGCCCUUAUCAUUUAGGUUUAAAGAAAAUAUGAAUGAUGUAUUGAAAGGAAAAUCUAAAAAAUCCCAAGCGAGAAUGGAAAUAAACAACAAUAAUAGUGACAGCAAGAAUGUUAUUAAUCCAAGUGAUAAUAGUAGUAGUAAUAAUAUUGAUAAUGGUGAUCGCUGUAAUAACAGUGCUAGCAAUAUGAGUUUUCCUGGAUCGUUUAAUUUCUGA